AUGAAUUGCUUAACCUCAAUGCAAUUUAAGAGAACAUGCAAUUGGGCAGCCGCCAAUUCUUUAUCGUUAAGCCACCUAUCACUGCAUUUUCCACUUGUUUCGCCAUGUAAAUUUUCAAAGAUAGACAAAGAAUCUAAAGAUAAAAACUGGGUCGGUAUUCAUGCUGAAUCUGCUUAUGAGAAAUUUGAAAAUAAAAAGAUUGAGUUAUCGUCUGAAGCUUCAACUUUUGUUCCGGGAGAGGACGAAGCUGAUAGUCAACCAACCAAAGUUAUGCCAUCUGAUAUUGAUAUAUGGGUGGAUGUAGUUGGGAGAAAGAAAGGGAGAAUAUUUGGUCUCGGAUCUAUAGCCAAAACAUUGAAUCCAAAUCAGCCAUCAAUGCGUUCCGAUUCAGAGGUUGAUGCUUUGAGAAGUCAAGUUCAUGCGUUGAAUGAAUCCUUGCAAAAACAGGAGCAAGAAAAGUUGUUGAUGAAACAACAGUUGCAACGACAAGAAAAAGAGAUGGCCGAGACCAACAGAAAUUUAACCUUUCUUAUGCAACAUUUAGGAUUUGUUGGAUCAUCUUCUCGUCCAAGCUCAUCACCACAACUCAACGAUGAAACUGAUGAAGAUAGCGAGGAUGUUGGUAGUGAUCAUAUUGAGUAGUAUUUGUUUCUAUUUUGUUAAAUUGGUUGUAUCAUGUACUUGAUUGUACUUAGUUUUUUUUUUGGAUCAUGUUUUAAUUAAUACUUAGUUAUGAUUUGUGAACAUGAUAUAAAUUUUGUUUAGAAUUAUCACAAUAUGAUUUAUGCAUAUGAUAUAAAUUUUGUUUAGAAUUAUCACAAUAGUUGGAUCAUGCUUUAAUAAAUAUUUAGUUUUGAUUUGAAAA